AUGGCAUCAUUCGAAACGUUGUACAUCUCGGCAGGCACAAAUCAGACGUCGAACGCUUUGGUGACAUUCGAGGCUGAACAAGCUUUCGCCGUCGCGUCCGAUUCCGAGAUUGUCUACACGAGAUUUGAGGCGGAUCUGUUGCACUCAAAAAGGAUAGUAGCUCCUCGACGACACUCGUUGCCAAUAAAAUGUCUGAAGAGGUGCAAAAGGAGGAACACAAGUACAGAACACUUCGUGACUGGCGGAGCUGAUGGGCGCGUUGUUUUGUGGAGGAAGGCGUCCGAUUCAAGUUUAGUGCCGAUAUUUUCAACCCCAAAAUCCGCUUCGGUCAUCGGUGUCGUUGGUGGAAUCGUAAAUGAAACAAAGAAUAUUAAAGUUUUCUCAUCGUCCGUUGCCGGCUCGUCAACUCAAAUUUUGAUCUACUACUUGAUCGCUAAUGAAGAGGGAAAUCAAGCUGAAACAAAGGACGAACAAAGUGUGGAGCUGCCCGGGAAAGCUUUUGCUCUAUCAGUGGACUUUUCGACGAUAAAUGACUGCGAACUUCUCGCGAUCGGGUCAUCAAAUCGAUCCAUCGAGCUCUUCGCUUUUGACAGAAAGCAUUUCCACCAUCGUCUGAGCAUCCCCGCGCACUCGGAUUGGGUUGAUUCACUGGCUUUCAAAGAUUUCUCCAGUCAUUUGCUGUUGGCCUCGUCAAGUCAGGAUCGAUCGAUCAAAUUGUGGAAAAUACAGCGGGAAACGCCGACCGAAGACGACGACGAGUUGACGGUGACGAAGAAUCAUUUCGCGGCCAUCGACUCGCAGGGGAAUGAGUUUCGAUUGUGUCUACAUGUUGAAGCGGUGCUAAAUGGGCACGAUGAUUGGAUACACUCGGUUUCCUGGGACUCGACGGGGAAACGCUUGGUGUCGGCGUCAAGUGACAAGACGGUGAUCGUUUGGGAAGAAAACGAGGAAAUGGAGGGAUUGUGGACGGAUACGGUUCGAAUGGGGAUUGUGGGAGGACAAGCCGCCGGAUUCUACGCAGCCGAUUUCUCGCAAGAUGGACAAAUGAUCUUCGCGUCGACGUAUUAUGGAGGAGUGCAUGCGUGGAGGAGAAAUGAGGAGGAUCACUUCCAAUGGGACGCGUUGACUGUGCCGGGAAACGGGCAUCCAUCGCUCGUAAGCGACCUCUCGUGGGAGCCAACAAAUGGAGAGUAUUUGGUGACGGUGGGAAGCGAUCAGACAACGCGAGUACACGCCAAAAUGAAGAAUUUGGAUACGUGGAUCGAAAUCGCUCGUCCACAAGUACAUGGACACGACAUGCACUGUGUGGUCACCGUUGAUCCGGCUCGCUUCGUUUCGGGUGCCGAGGAGAAAAUCUUUCGAGCGUUCAAUGCGCCUGAGACUUUUGUGGACACAUUGGAGACAUUGACGGGAACCGAUAAAAAGAAGUUGUUCUCCCGAUGUCAGCUUGCCGGCUAUGGAGCACGAGUACCGGCGUUGGGAUUGUCGAAUAAAGCGAUCGAGGGACAAAGUGAAGAAAAUGCAGAGGAUGAACGAGAGGGAAAUGGGGAAACACAUUGGGAAGAGGCGGCUUUUGUCGCGAAUCCGAUGACGUUGAAUGAUGCGCCCACCGAGGACAUCUUAAUGCAGAAUACGCUGUGGCCUGAGGUGCACAAAUUGUAUGGACACGGUUAUGAAGUGUACGCGGUGGCUGUGAGUCCAAAUGGGAAGCUGCUGGCAACGGCGUGUAAGGCAAGUCAUCCCGAUCACGCGGCGAUUCUCAUCUGGUCGACCGACGAUUGGACACAACGGGGACAGGCUAAAGACGGUCAUCAAUUAACGGUGACGCAAAUCGAGUGGAGUCCUGAUGGGAAAGCGUUGUUGUCGGUGAGCCGAGAUCGAACAGCGAUCAUUUACAAGGAGGACGAGGGAAAAGUGGAUGGCUACUUGUGGCGAGCGGUUUGGCGAUCGAAAAACGAGCACUCGCGAAUCAUUUGGACGUGCGCAUGGAUGGGCGAUUCGACGCAUUUUCUGACGGGAAGUCGCGAUCAAAGGUUGAUCCUCUGGCGUUUCGAUGGUGAACAAGCAGUUGCUGAGCUGGCCACCAAAUUGAGUCAACCUAUCACCGCUGUGGGAGUGAGUCGACAUCGGGAAAUUGAAAAAGCCUCGAUCAUCACCGGGCUGCAAGAUGGACGCGUUUUGAUGUUCCGAUUUAACGUCGAGACCAAACAAUUCCUUCAAUGCGGGGAAAUCGGCGGCGAUCGAGUGUCGGGCAUUGAAUCACCCGUGACAAGGAUACGUUUCCGUCCGAAUGUCACCAAUGUUAAUGCGGAAGAGCCGAUUUUUGCCAUUUCCGGAAGCGAUUUCAAGGCACGAAUCUUUCGGAUACUCGCA